CUUAAGCAAGCGUGCCGUGGCGGAUCAUCUAUCCUUCUUGAAAAAUUGAAGAGGAGUCAAUUCCAAGCUACAAACCCGAGAACUUCUAUCCAGUGCACAUCGGUAGUGGGAAAGUUGGGCUAUGGCUCCAGCGCGACAGUGUGGCUCUGCCGUGAUUUGUUGGACAACCGUUAUAUAGCAUUAAAAGUUUACACGGCAUCAAAAACGGUGACUCGAGAGAUCGAGAUCUACGACCAUCUAGGAACAAUCAAAUCUAGUUAUGCCGGUCAGUCGUGUUUGCGACUGUUGCUUGAGUUCUUUCAGGCACAGAGUCUAGAUGGACAUGGUAUUCACACUUGUCUGCUUACUCCGUUACUCCCUGAUCGGGUGAUGAGCAGCGUUAUGGUAAGGACUACCAUACGGAAUAUCCUUGCUGCUCUAGACUUCCACCACACGGAGGCAAAGGUUAUACACACCGGCAUGUCCCCCCUUGAUCCAACUAAAAGUUCGCAGCUAAUAACUAAAAACAUAGAUCUCCAGCCAAAUAAUAUUCUCCUCGGCAUCAAAGACGACUCAAUUCUAUCCCAAUUCGAACAGGCAGAAUUUGAAGCACCCAUACCACGAAAGAUCCUCGACAAUCGUACCAUUUACCUCUCACAACCACUCCAUAUCUCUUAUAGGACGCCCGUUCUCUGUGAUCUAGGCGAGGCGCGAUUAGGCACCGACCAGCAACGAGGCGAUACCAUGCCAGAUAUCUAUCGCGCACCAGAGGUUAUCGUGGAUAUGAGUUGGGACAGCAAAGUGUAUAUCUGGAAUGUGGGGAUGCUGAUUUGGGAUCUGUUUGAGCAUCGCCAUCUGUUUAGGGCGCGGAAUGCUGCACGCGAGUUAGAUGAUGGGUAUCAUCUUGCCGAGAUGGCCCCUGUUGAGUUCCUCCGGAGCGAACGGAGUCUCUUGUUUUGGGAUGAAAGUGGUAAUUGGAAAGGCGCUGCUCAAAUUCCGGAUUAUAAUAUUCACAGCCUAGAAGAAAGGCUCGAGGGUGAUGAGGAGGAUGACUUCCUACGGUUUCUCCGACGAAUGUUAUGUUGGCUUCCAGAAGAAAGAGCCUCUGCCAAAGAUCUUCUAUUUGAUCCUUGGUUGGUGCAUGGUCUCUUUAAGUGA